CCUCUCUAAGGAAGUGCCGCCGCGUGUCCUUCUCUGAAUCCCCUCAUCUCAUCUCCCACUCGGGGUGCUUCUGUUGCCACAAAGAGGAAACGCCGCAAACUCCACAAAAAUCACCACCAGCACCAAACGUCUGCUAGCUCGAAUCGUCUCUACCUCCUGCCGAAAGAUUAACGCACAGUUAGUCAAUUAGUUGAUGGAUCAUCCUCGGCGGCGGCGGUGGUGGAUCGACGUGAAGACGAUCUCGUGCAGGGGCGUCAAAUCCUUCGUCCCCUUCCAGAAGCCCUAUCUCUACGCAAUCCUCUCCCUGGUGUUGGCGCCCGAUGAUGACGAUGAUGAGCAGCAGCAGCAGCAGAGGACGCCGGUGGAUCUGGACGGCGGCGAGAACCCCGAGUGGGACCACCCCAUGCGCCUCUCCUUCUCCUCACCCCGAGUGGGACCACCCCGUCCGCCGCCGCUGCUCCUCCGCUUCGACGUCGCCGCCCGCAGCAUCCCGCUCCUGGGCGACAAGGUCCUCGCCGCCGCCCAAGUCCCCGUCGCCCACCUCCUCAACGCCACCGCCGAGGAAUCCCCUGCGGGCGCCCUCCGCCACCUCAGCUACGAGCUGCGGGCCCCCGACGGCAAACCCAACGGCGUCCUCACCUUCUCCUUCCGCAUCACCACCCUCGGCGUCGGCGGUGGCGGUAUAACCGAUCACGUCGAUCCCAGCUUCAACGUCGGCGCCCCCAUCUCCGCAUGCGCUCCCCAAUACUCCCCUCCGACGACGAACGUCGUCCUCUACCCUCCUCUGGAUUACCCGCCGCCGCCGGAGAUUUAUCCUCCUCCUCCUCCUCCUCCCCUCUUUCCGGAUCCGGAGCCGCUCUAUCCCCCGCCUGGGACCCGUUUCCCCUUCCAGGCGCACGAUCUGGAGUUGUAUCCUCCGCCGUCGGUGCCGGCUCCCGUUGCUUGCUAUCCGCCGCAGGAUCCGGGCUGCUCCUGUCCUACACCGCGUGGAACGUACGGAUGCCCAACGGAGAACGGAUGGGAUCGGCGGGGUUUGUUUGGGGGCAGCAAUUGAUUGCGCUUUGGGUGGCGUGUUGGCUAAUGGAUUUAAGUAUAAUAAUGGCGUAGGAAAAUUUUGUAUACUUUGCCACUAUGUUCCCUUCUUCUUCUCCUUCUUCUUCUUCCUGUA